GUUAACAAAAGGCCCAGAUCUGGUCAAUUCAUAAAUGGAUGGCAGCAUAAGCUCCUCUAUAUGGAGGUUGGGAUCUACGAUGACAGGUCACAUUCUCGGAAUUUCCCCGCGAUCAUCACAACAAACGCGCUCGCCCACCCGUACAGCUGUCUCAUCAGUCUGCUUAUCAUCUACAAUCGACGUGAUUUGUUCUGCCUGAGACCAGAAUCUCUAAGAGCCACUCAUAAUCUCGGCUGGCCUUGCCUCAUCACCAAAGCAACACCUUACGCCGGACACUGAGUUGGGAACCCCUAACGAAAACGUAGCGCGCACACGACCAUCCCACGGACUGGACGGCCAUCGUUACACAAACACCCGAUU